CCCAAUUUUGUCAUUCCUGCAAGCCAUUUCCCACAAUGGCCAGUACUACAGACCGUCCUGCCCCGGAGGCUCUGAUCUCCAAGUUUGAGGUCGACAGGUUGCUCAAGCAAGACCAAAGCGGCCGCCGCAUCGCCAUCCUCGGCGCUAUCGACAGCCAACAGGGCAUCCUGAUCGCCGAACGCGCCGCCUUCGCAACCAAGACCCCUGCCGUCCUCCAAGCCUUCCACGCCGCGAUCACGCACGUCACCAACCUCGGCGACAAUGACAUCUACCGGUGGUACCUGGCGUCCUCUGGCCCCGACGCCGGCGGCCAGCAGCCUCCCGACCUCAAGCUGAACCUCAUCUGGCCGUGCACGGACUCCCACAUCAAGAAGUACUCGGAGCAGGUGGUCCGCAUGGUCACCGAGACGCCGGCGAUCUACCGUGACCAUGUCCGCCCGUACAUGCGCGCCAAGCGCGAGGAAGGGCGGCUGAACUGGGUGUUCAAUAUCCUCGAGGGCCGGACGGAGCAGGAGGAUGUGAUCCUGCGAGAUGAGGGGAGACGACACCACAAUGGGGCGGCUGAUGAUGAUAAUGAUGAUGUUGAUGAUGAUGGAUUUCUGAUGUUGCCGGACUUAAACUGGGACCGGAAGACCAUGGGAUCGCUGCAUUUGCUGGCCCUGGUGCAGCGGAGGGAUAUCUGGAGCUUGCGCGAUCUCAAGAAGAGACACAUCCCGUGGUUGAAGUAUCUGCGGCAGCGGCUGCUCGAAGGGACGGUGAAGAUGUAUCCGGAGCUGGAGCAGGAUCAGUUGAAGCUUUAUGUGCACUACCAGCCAACAUACUACCAUUUCCAUGUCCACGUCGUCAACGUCAUGCUGGAAGCGGGCGCUACACAGGCCACGGGGAAGGCGUUUGGAUUGGAGAAUCUCAUCUCUCAGCUAGAGACUCUCUCCGGUGACGAGGAUGCAGGCAUGGCGGAUGUAAGUCUGACUUACUUCCUUGGAGAAGCCAGCGAGCUAUGGACGAACGUCUACGGACCAUUGAAGAGAGGGGAAAAGCCGCUGGCCGCAUGAGAUGAGGAUCAUAUAGAUCGACACUAGAUAUUUGAUGUUAUGAGCUAGAAAUGACAUGAUGAC